AUUUCAAUCCGUGGACCGAAAUUAGCUGUAGUCUGCGUCACAGGAAGAUGGCGACUGGCAGAGCUGUUGGAGACGUGUUGUAUGUGUUUAUCUGAGUUGAAAACCUCACUGUGAAUGAGCCAAGUGCACACACACACACACAGAGACUGUUCCAGGAGAGAAACUCCCGCAGUCCAUACUGGGUGUGGACCCAGCUGCUGCAGUCUCCUCGUGGGCUGCAGUGGAGCUGGACCCUGUCCUAAUUACGUUGAUCCAGGCCUGAAUAUUUAAUUAUUUCUGUAUCCCUUAACCAAAGUUGAACACACUCUGAGGACGUCCGUGUUUGUACCACGUAAUGUACCCGCUGUACCAAGAUCCGCACUGCGUACCCUGCAGGAAAGUUGCUGCUAGAUGCCAACCUGAGGGAAGACAAGACCUCAUUCGACCUCGAGCGGAUCCCCUUUUUUAACCCAGUGGAUCCCCAGCUCAAUAUAGCGGCCCACCCCACUUCCUGCCAAAGACCAUGGAGGGUGGGCCUGUGGGGAAAAGUUCAAAGGUCAAAAGAAACAGCCCCUUGGCAACAGCGAGCAAACUGAGAGCGCGAGCGAGCCGUGCCACUGCCAAGACACAACUGUGGGAAGGUCAGGAUGUGUUGGCCCGGUGGACUGAUGGCUUACUCUACCUGGGAAACAUUCGGAAGGUGGACCGGUGGAAGCAUAUCUGCCUUGUUCGGUUUGAGGACAACUCUGAGUUCUGGGUCAUGUGGAAAGACAUCUAUCCCCCUGCAAUCCCUGGGACUGAGCACAUCUGCUGCCUCUGCAAGGAUGACACGACCAGUCAGGGCAACCAAGUUGUGAACUGUGCAAAAUGCAAGCAAGGGUACCAUCAGGAGUGCCACGCCCCCAAGAUCGAGGCUGAUGGCAAAAUCCUGCCCGCUUGGAUCUGCCGCUCCUGUAUCUUUGCCGUAGCCACCAAGAAAGGAGGUGCCUUAAAGAAGGGGCCUUAUGCCAAAGCGAUGCAGGCCAUGAAGCGAGUCCUUCCCUACCAGCUCCGGACCCUUGAGUGGGACUCCCAGCAUCUCGCCAAUCAGCAGCAGUGUUACUGUUACUGCGGAGGCCCCGGAGAGUGGAAUCUGAAGAUGCUGCAGUGUUGCCGGUGCCUGCACUGGUUCCACGAGGCCUGUACCCAGUGCCUGACCAAGCCGCUACUCUACGGAGACAGGUUCUACCUGUUCGUAUGCUGUGUCUGUACAGGUGGAGCAGAGUUUGUGAAACGGCUGCCUCUGGAAUGGGUCGACAUUGCACAUCUGAUCCUGUACCACCUGAGCACCUGCUGCCGGAAGAAGUACUUUGACUUUGAGCGAGAGAUCCUGGCGUUUGCCAAUGAAAACUGGGACAACCUGCUGGUUGGUGAGCUCUCCGGUGCCUCCCAGUCUGAACGCUACAAGCAGAUCCUCAACGCCCUGAACAGCCACAGGAGCAGAUUUGUGUCCGGGAAGGAGAUCAAGAAGAAGAAGUGUAUCUUUGGUCUACAGGAGCGGACGCCACCUCAGCCCCCGCCCGCUGAUACCCUGUGUGAGAUUGCAAACCAGCUGAUGGAGACCUCUGCCAACCUCUCUCCCAAAAGGUCCGAGCUCGAGGGAGUGAAGAAGGUGAAGGCCAAGAGGCGUCCUCCCCACAGGGAGUCCCAGGACCUGUACGAACUAAAGACCAGGCAGGCACGGCGCCUACUGCAGAAAGCCAUCAGCCAGAACGUCGUCACGAACCCCUACAGCCCCAACCAGUCUUACCAAGGCUGCCGAGGCAGUGCCAACAUGUGUCCCAUCAGGGAGAGUACCGAGAGGACACCUCCAAAGAUGAUGUACGCAUCGAUUCAGCCAUCUUCGAACGCAGUCCGCAGUCUGGAGUCCUCGUCCUCAUCCUCGUCCUUCGAGUAUGGCGAGAACUCGGGCACUCAGGCCAAGGCUGCGGGCAUCGGCAACCGGCUGUUGGACUGCGACGACGGGGCCGAUGAGAGGCCGGGCGACCCUGCAGAGACGGAGCAGGAGGACGAGGGGGAAGAGGAGGAGGAGGAGGAUGAUGAGGAGGAGGAGGAGGAGGAAGAAGAAGAGGAAGAGGAAGAUGGCUCGGACAUCCCGAUGGAGGCCCGGUCGCAGUGCGACUCCAGCGACGACGACCUGCCGCUCUCCUACCUGCGCUCAUCCGUCAACAGCUACUUCGGGGCGAUGGGCAGACUGGCGCGGGGGGAGACGGUCCGUAUCCUGGCCCGCAGACUCACCCUGGACAACAAAGUGCAGUACCUGGUGGAGUGGGGUGGCCCCUCCAUAUUUUAGCUCCCCCCUUGAGAGGGCAAGAGAGUCUGACCUGAGGGGGAGGAGGGGGCGCAGGGUGGAGGGGGUUUUCGGGGCAAGGAGUGAAGUGCCAAGCUGAAGCAGGUUUUCUCAAACCAGGCACCCGCUCGGCAUCAGGAGCAAAGUUUUAUUUUAAACCGCACGCUUUUUAAAAAAAAAAAAAAUCUUUGGAAUUCUUCAGGCGCGAUUCCAUUUGCUCUAUGUGUAGGCUCCUGCAGUGUGCACCCAACCCCCCCCAAGCAUGCAAGCACACGGAGAUGUCGCGGGGGAACUGUCAAUGGCAGCUUUUAGUGUCACAGAGCCCACUCAAGUAAAGGAGAGCUGGCCGAUGGUGUAGGAAUGUCUGAGAGAUGAGGGAUGUGGAUCAGACUGCGCCCACGGUCUCUGUGGGGAAUGUGCAGGAAUGUGCUGUGGAACUGUGUUGGGGAAUUUGGACCAUGUGUAUGGGACUGAUGGACACUGGGGUAUUGUGUAGGGGACUGUACAAGGGAUAUU